UGUCCAGUAGCUGCUGACCAGCACUGCUCGACGUUGAUUGCAGAAAAAAAACAAGGAAAACAACGACCUGAGAUUAUGCUGAAAUAAAUAGCCUGAUAUGAGCUGCCGUGCUGACCUGUAGAGCAAACCGACACGAGGCAUGUUUAGGAAACUGCUCAAGAUGUGGAUUCUGCUCCGACCCACCCACUGGCUGAUCCUGAUAGCCCUGUGCGCGGUCACCUGUGCAGGUUACUGGUUGCUUUGGUCAGAGAUUCGCCUGGAACAUGCCUUCAAGCCGCUGUCCAGGCUGGGCGAUUCCCUGAGCCCAGAUCAGCAUGCCUCGUCCACCACCGAUGACUUUGACUUCGAGGAGCACUUGGUGGUGCUUUACAAUCGCGUUCCAAAAACGGGAUCCACCAGUUUUGUCAACAUAGCAUACGAUCUGUGCAAGCCCAAUAAAUUCCAUGUGCUGCACAUUAAUGUCACUGCCAACAUGCACGUCCUCUCGCUUCCUAAUCAAAUCCAAUUCGUGCGCAAUGUUUCCAGGUGGCACGAGAUGAAGCCAGCUCUUUAUCACGGCCACAUGGCCUUCCUAGACUUCUCAAAAUUCCAAAUCGCCCACAAGCCCAUCUACAUCAAUUUGGUGCGCAAACCUCUCGACAGACUUGUCUCCUACUACUACUUUCUACGUUUUGGCGACAACUACCGACCGAAUUUAGUCCGCAAGAAGGCGGGCAAUAAAAUUACCUUCGAUGAGUGCGUGGUGCAGAAACAACCCGACUGUGAUCCCAAAAACAUGUGGCUGCAGAUACCCUUCUUCUGUGGCCAUGCAGCCGAGUGCUGGGAACCCGGCAGCAGUUGGGCCUUGGACCAGGCCAAGCGCAAUCUAGUCAACGAAUACUUCCUAGUCGGAGUCACCGAGCAGAUGUACGAGUUUGUGGAUCUGCUUGAGAGAUCCCUCCCAAGAAUUUUUCACGGCUUUCGUGAGCACUAUCAUAACUCAAACAAAUCUCAUCUUCGGGUGACAUCUUCCAAGCUUCCUCCCAGCGAAUCGACAAUUAAGGCCAUUCAAAAGACAAAAAUCUGGCAAAUGGAAAACGAUCUGUACGAUUUCGCUCUGGCCCAAUUCGAGUUCAACAAGAAGAAGCUCAUGCAGCCGGACAACAAGCACGUGCAGAAGUUCAUGUACGAGAAGAUUAGGCCCAAAUGAUUGCAAAGAAGGCGACGGAGUCGCAGAGCGAGGAUUCGGCGGACUCCAGUUAUCUAACCACGAGUCUCCGACAAUUGUAUUGUAAAUACGUAAC